AUGAUUUCCCCAGAAGACACUGAUAAUAUACCAACUGCCAGCAGCUUUUGUAGAGAUUUUAUCCGAGGCUGUUGCCCUAGAGAGAAUUGCCGAUUUAUACAUAAAAUACCACCGAAAGUUUAUUUGAAGGAGCUUUUUCGUUUCUGUCACGAUUUUCAAAAUAAAGGCUGUUUUCGACCAAAUUGUAAGUUUAUGCACAUCACCUUAGAAGAUGAAGAGCAUUUUUAUAAUACUGGGGUAUUUCCUCGAGACCCCCGCAGCACUCCAGUUAUAUGCCAAGCUUUUAUUCAUGGAGUAUGUUCUAAUCAAGACUGUAAAUUUAUUCACGCCAGAGAUGUGACAAAUAAUGAAUUAAACUCCAAACGCAAUAUUCAUAAAAAUAUAUUUAAUCAUAGUCACAUUAGAGAUGAUGAUUCUCCGCCUGAACCUAAACUUAGAAGAUAUGCAUUUGAUGAUUCGGGAAUGGACACACAACAAUUAGUAUGUGCAAAUUGUGAAGCCCUGGAUCAUAAAGUAAAGUUACUUCAUGAUAAUAUUAGUGUUUUAUUAAAAAAGGUUGCAGAUUUGACUGAGAAAAAUCUUCAGUUGACAUCAAUGAAUGAAUUUUUACUUGAACAAACAGCAUCUGUUAGAAGUGAUCAACCUUGUGUGAUAACUUCAAGACAUGGAACUUCUGCUCCUGUGUCUUUAGCCACUGUUAGUGUGACACCAGUAGUAAGCCUUGCUGGUGCCUUACCAACGCUUGUACCUGCAGCAGCAACACCAAAUUUAACUUUAGCUCCUGCAGCAUCUCAAGCUCAGUUAUUGACUCCAGCUCCUCAAAUUUUAACAGUUAGUACUACCCAGCAACUCGUUGGGAAUUCAGGAGCCCUCAUAGUUACUAGUGCUGGAGCUCAGCAACUUAUGCAAGUUAGCGACUCUGGAACAUUAAUGGGGGGAGGACAAACUGUAGUUGCUGUUACUCCUGCACAAUUGACAUUAGCCCCACCAGGGCAACAACUGAUGAGCAAUGGACCUCAGACAGCAGUACAACAAUUAGUGCAGACAUCAGCUUUGCAAUCACAAUUGGCUUCACAACAUCAAGCUCCCCAGUUUGCAGCUCAGCAGUCUGUGCAACAUUUGGCUGCAGCACAGCAGUCUGCUCAGCAUCUUGCUGCCCAGCAGUCAGCUCAACACCUUGCCGCUCAGCAAUCUGCACAACAUUUGGCUCAGUCUGCUCAACACCUGGCAGCAGCACAACAAUCUGCACAACAACUGGCAGCAGCUGCUCAACAGUCUGCACAACAAAUGGUUGCACAGCAAUCUGCUCAACAAUUGGCAGCGCAGCAGUCUGCUCAACAACAGCUUGUACCUUCAGCACCACAACUAGUACACCAAACAUCUACUCAACAGAUUACAAUUUCUAGCACUAGUCAACCAAUGGCUUUACCAAACUCACAAGCUCAGCCAUUAACAUUCCCUAUAAUCUCUCAAAGUAUUUUGCCCCAU